AUGAUGGACGGACAUCACGAUACCACGGGAUUCAAUUGCAAGCGAUGCAAUCUUCCGGAUUCAGCGGACAACCACAUGGUUUCAUGUGAUAAGUGUCACGAGUGGGAACAUUUUAAAUGUGCCGGCGUAGAUGAGAAAAUCAAGGAUAAACCGUAUUCCUGCCGGAAAUGUUCCGUUCAAGAAAAUUCCACGCUAUUGAAACCAACGGCGGAGAAAAAAGGUGCCUCAAAAGGAGCAAGCAGUAAGGCUGCAUCGAAGCGCAGUAAAAAACCUGUACCGGCUGAUCCUGCACCGAGUGUUACUUCCAGUGAAGAGCUACAAAAACUGAAGCUGGAGGAGGAACAGCGACAGCUGGAGGAACAGCGUGAGUUGCUGAAAAAAGAAGCUGCGUUACGUGAACGCAAAUUACAAGAAGCUGCAAUAAUCAAGGCAAAGCAACAGUUAAUUCGGCAGAAAUCAAUCGAAAAAAAGCGUGAACUUAUGCAGCGGCUUGGUUCAAGUAGCAGUCAAAUGGAUGCGGAACUCGGUAGCGCGAAAUUGGUAGAAAAUUGGCUGAAAGGGCUUCCCCCUACAGAUGAAUCCGCUAAUAGCUCGGUGAGCGGCAAUGAACGUAGUCGUCUAGACAGUCUGCUAGUUCCCGAGGACAGGCCAGAAUCUGUAGAACCAACCGUACCGUCUUCAGACGCUGUCGUCUCAACCCCCGCAGCUGUGUUCUCUUCCGCUGCUAGUGCAGACUGUGCCAGUGCAUUUGUUGUACCGCCGAAGCGUAAUGAACAAACAACAGAUGGCACUGUAUAUACUCCCGGCAAAGUCAAACUUCAAUCGGGAAACAAGUUUUAUGUAAGUCCACAGCAAAUCGCAGCGCGUCAAGUGAUCGGAAAAGAUCUGCCAGCAUUCGGCGGUAACCCCGAGGAAUGGCCGGCCUUUAUUAGUUGCUUCGAUCAAACAACAGCUGCUUGUGGGUACACAAAUAUUGAAAAUCUUAAUCGCCUUCAACGAGCGUUAUACGGUCAUGCAAAAGAUACGGUGCGAAAUCAGCUGUUUCUUCCUGAAUGUGUGCCGCACGUCAUCAAAUCGUUGGAGAAAAUGUACGGCAGACCGGAACUUCUAAUUCGUACGCUGUUGGAGAAAAUUCGUGGUCUUCAACCUCCAAAACAUGAAAAGUUAGAAACACUGAUGGAGUUUGGGAUAGCAGUUAGGAAUUUCGUUGGUCAUCUUAAAGCAGCGCGACAGGAUGCACAUCUCACGAAUCCGUCAUUGAUGCAGGAGCUGGUGGAGAAAUUACCGGGAAGGCCACCCAAAAUUGAAAAACAAAAGGUGAAGGAGAAAGUUUUUGUACAAGCGCAUUCAACGGACUCAUCGGCGAAUCGAGAUAGCAAACAGCAGCAUGGCAAAACGUGCGCGAUGUGUAAUCUUAAAGGACAUCGGAUAAUAGAAUGUCAUCGGUUCAAAUCACUUUGCGUAAGCGAAAGGGUAAACGUUAUUCAACAAAAAGGUUUGUGUAAGACUUGUCUUAACAAUCACGGGAAAUGGCCGUGCAAGUCCUGGAAAGGCUGUGCGGUAGAAGGCUGUCGGGAACGCCAUAACACACUUCUCCAUCCUGCGCCGUCUGUGAACGUUUCGGCAAGUCAUGUCGGCAAGGGUGCGCAACAAAUUCCACUGUUCCGUAUCAUUCCAGUAGUGCUUUUCGGUAAAGACCGAUCGCAAACAGUAUUUGCGUUUAUCGACGAAGGAUCUUCAAUUACAUUACUAGAAGAAUCAGUCGCUAACCAGUUGGGAAUCGCAGGAAAACCAGAACCGCUGACACUCCAGUGGACUGGAAACAUGACGCGCGUCGAGCAAAACUCGCAGCAGGUGAAAAUGGAAAUAACAAGUAAACAAAACGAAUUACGGCGAAGAUCAUUUCAUGCUCGUACAGUUAGUUGUUUGGUUCUUCCGUCUCAAUCGAUGUGUUACCGAGAAUUGUCACAACAUUUUCCUCAUCUUCGAGGACUUCCAAUGGAAGAUUAUGAGCUGGUUCAGCCAAAAUUGCUCAUCGGAUUAGACAAUCUGAGCUUAACGGUGCCGCUUAAGCUACGCGAAGGGAAAAAUAGCGAACCAGUAGCAGUCAAAUGCCGACUUGGUUGGAGUAUCUAUGGUUGUGGAUCAUCUAAGCCGAUUCAACGGUCAGUCGUCAAUUUGCACGUCAGUGCAUCUCCAGAUCCAGAUCGGUUGCUGAACGACCAGCUUCGCGAAUACUUCGCAAUCGAGAAUACAGGAAUCGCUAUCCCGAUCGAAAAACUUGAGUCAAAGGAAGACAAUAGAGCGAGGCGAAUUCUUACUGAAACAACGCGUCGCACGGGAAAUCGUUUUGAAACCGGUUUACUUUGGCGGUCUGACGAGCCGAACUUUCCUGACAGUUUUCCGAUGGCGAUUCGGCGUCUUCGAGCGCUGGAACGUAAAUUACAGAAUGAUCCGGCGAUGAGUAAGCGUGUCAGUAGUCAAAUAGCUGAAUACUUACAAAAGGGGUAUGCCCAUAAGGCCUCCGAAGAAGAACUGCGUGGCAUAGAUGCGAAGCGCAUCUGGUAUUUGCCGCUUGGAAUCGUUAUCAAUCCGAAGAAACCGUCGAAAUUUCCGGUGGCCGUCAGCGGAGACAUUAGAGAAAUGUUUCACCAGAUCAAAAUCCGUCAUCCCGAUUCUCAAUCUCAGCGUUUUCUAUGGAGAGAUUCUCCGUCAGAUAAUCCAACGGUGUACAUAAUGGACGUAUGCACGUUUGGUUCGACCUGCUCGCCGACAUCAGCGCAACACGUGAAAAAUACAAACGCUCGAGAGUACGAAGAGAAAUUCCCGCGCGCAUGUGAAGUAAUUUUAAAUAGCCACUACGUGGACGAUCUGCUGGAAAGCUUUCGCACAGUUAAGGAAGCAAUCGAUGUCAUAAACGACGUGAAAACUGUACAUUCGCUGGGCGGGUUCGAGAUAAGAAAUUUUCUGUCCAACAAGGUAGAGGUUUUGCAAGGCAUCGGCGAAAUCUCGGCUAGUGCAACGAAAGAUCUACUACUGGAGCGCGAGAGCACAACAGAAUCUGUCCUGGGUAUGAGAUGGAUUCCGUCAGAAGACAUGUUCACGUAUACGUUCGUUCCCCGAAGUGACUUGCAGUCAAUUCUUGCCGAUGGUUAUAUUCCAACAAAACGCGAAGUGUUAAAGGUGGUUAUGAGCUUGUUUGACCCUUUAGGACUGUUAGCGAUCUUUCUCGUCCAUGGCAAGGUCUUAAUACAGGACUGCUGGGCGGCUGGGUUGGCCUGGGACGAUCCAAUAAAUGAAGAUCUCUGUGAACGUUGGCGACGAUGGACGAAAUUCUUUCCAUCUUUAGACACACUGCGAAUUCCACGUUGUUAUUUUCGAUCUCCACCGACGGACGAUACAAGUUCCCUUCAGCUUCACGUUUUCGUCGACGCCAGUGAAGUCGCAUCUUUAGUAGCCGCUAAGACAAAAAUUGCUCCUCUUAAAUCUAUCCCGAAGCUGGAACUGAAAGCCGCUGUAUUAGGCGUUCGACUGUUGGAAUUCGUGCAAAACUCACAUUCGUAUUCGAUUAAAGAAAGAUUUCUCUGGAGUGAUUCAUCUACCGUUCUUGCGUGGAUCCAGUCCGACCACCGCCGAUAUCCCAAGUUUGUGGCCGUCCGGGUUGGAGAAAUACUGAUGGCAAGCGACCAGCGCGAAUGGAGAUGGCUGCCUUCCAAGAUGAAUAUUGCCGAUGCGGCCACCAAAUGGAAAUCUGAUCCUGAUCUUGGGCAUACAAGUUCCUGGUUUGCGGGACCGAACUUUCUACGGGAAAAAGAAGAAACCUGGCCUGGACAGCGACGAUUUACAACCACGUUGGCAGAAGUUAAAGCAUCUAUGGUACAUACGACUUUCGAUCCUAUGUUGGAUGUUACUCGUUUUGGUAGUUGGACAAAAUUACUGCGAACAACAGCCUACGUUUUGCGUUUCAUCGGAAACCUGCGCCGGAAGAAAGCUAGAAUUGCUCUGGAGAUGCACAUCUUCACUCAAGAAGAAUUGAAGAAGGCGGAAGAAAUCCUAUGGAAGCUGGCUCAACAAGAAUCGUUUUCGACAGAGGUUCAUGUUCUACGAAGUACACAAGGACCCCCGGAAUCUCGUCAUGCUGUUGUUGCCAAAUCGAGCCCCCUGUACGGUAUGUGGCCCUUUAUGGACGAGAAGGGAGUCGUUCGAAAACGUGACAGAAUUGGUGCAGCACCAUUUGCACCAUUCGAAGCUAAGUUUCCAGUUAUUUUGCCCAAACAACACCUUAUCUCAUAUCUAAUUGUAGACUGGUAUCAUCGCCGUUUCCGCCAUGCCAACCGAGAAACCAUCGUUAACGAAAUGCGACAGCGUUUCGAGAUCCCGAGACUACGAGAACUGAUUAAAAGAGUGACGAACAACUGUGUCUGGUGUCGCGUCGCAAAAGCAACGCCAAAACCUCCGCCGAUGGCUUCUUUUCCGGCAAUCCGUUUGACACCAUUCGUAAAACCUUUCUCCUUUGUUGGUCUGGACUAUUUCGGGCCAGUGUUGGUAAAAGUCGGUAGAAACCAGGUUAAGCGCUGGGUAGCUUUAUUCACCUGCCUUACCGUGCGAGCAGUGCACCUCGAGGUGGUCUACAGUCUCACAACCGAGGCUUGUAUCAUGGCGGUGAGACGUUUCAUUUCUCGAAGAGGUCCUCCGGCAGAGUUCCAUUCGGAUAACGGAACGUGUUUUGUAGGCGCUAACAAUAUCCUGAAAAGGGAAAUCGAGAUGCGCAAUCAAGCUCUUGCAGAAACUUUCACGAAUGCUGAGACAAGGUGGAGAUUCACCCCACCCGCUACGCCACACAUGGGCGGCGUAUGGGAGCGGUUAGUUCGUUCGGUUAAAACGGCGAUCGGUACGUUGUUAGAUGCACCACGCAAACCCGAUGAUGAAACGUUACUCACGAUUCUAUGCGAAGCCGAAAUGAUGAUCAACAGUAGACCUCUCACUUACGUGCCACUAGAAUCUGCGGAACAAGAAGCUCUAACGCCAAAUCACUUCUUGUUAGGAAGCUCGAACGGGAAGAAGAUUCUAACGACAGUGCCAGUAGACCGUGGAGAGACACUCCGUAGCAGCUGGAACCUAGCGCGGCAUUUGUGCGACGAGUUUUGGAAGCGUUGGGUGAAAGAAUACUUGCCGGUGAUUACGCGUCGGUGUAAAUGGUUCGACGAAGUAAAGGAUAUUGCAGUAGGAGACCUAGUUGUGGUGGUGAGCGGAACGGCGAGAAACCAGUGGGUGCGUGGGCGUGUAAUCAAUGUGGUUCCCGGACAGGAUGGCCGUGUUCGUCAAGCUUGGGUUCAAACACCGACAGGUGUACUCAAGCGAGCGGUAGUGAACUUGGCGGUAUUGGACGUUAUGAAGAAAGGUAAAUCCGAGUCUUCAGAAGAGAACCAUCACCAGGAUUUACGGGCGGGGGAUUGUGACGGUGGACCCUCCGUUACUUCGUCGCUUGGUAACUGCAGCAAGUAA